AAAAUUACACAAUUUUAGUUAAUUUUGUUUUCAGGUGUGGUGGAAAACAGUAUUGUUCCUUCGAGGUGAAUAGUCAAGUUUUCGGAGAUCCUUGUCCAACAACAUACAAGUAUAUGGAGGUACACUACUCAUGUCAACAACAGUUUACAACAACAACAGAAGGACAUGCACAGCCGCCCUGGCUGUUGGAUCUCUCCGCCACUCCGUCACCACGUAGACGGCCAACAACCUCCACAACCACUACAACGACGACAACCACAAGUACGACUACAACCUCGACUACGACUACAGAACGGAUUACGGAAUCUGUAAAGAGUUCUGAGCAGGAUGAACGAACUCGUCAAGAGUAUGAGAGAAGAGAAAUGCAAGAGAAGAAAGAUCGUCUUUACGUUCUUGAAUCUGUUGUAGAUCACUGCCCGCCGGUCACAGUGCGCCAGCUAUUCUGGAAUUGGACGAGCGCCGGUGAGCUUGCUAUUCAACCCUGUCCAAGCGGUAGCACCGGGUUCGCCAAAUGGCGAUGCUCGGAAGAUAGUGGUUGGUUCACCGGCUCGCCAGAUCUCAGUGAAUGUGAAUCCGGGUGGUUGACCCGUCUCAAUGCCCAGCUACGUGAAGGUGAUGACGUGCUUGAACUUGCAGACGAACUUUCACAAACCUCCAAGGUGAAAACAAUGUACGGUGGCGACGUGGCGCGUGUUUCUGAGCUUAUGCAGAACCUCGCGCACAGGAUGCGCCAACAGUUGUUCUCAAUCUCCGAUCCGGAGGAGAAGGAGCGGAUCACCGGUCUCCUGAGCCAGCUUCUACUCCAGACGGGUAGCAACCUCCUAGAGGACUCACAAAUGCUCGCCUGGAGUGACCUCGUCCCUUCGGAGAGGGCGAAGGCUGGGAGUGAGCUAGUUCUCGCCCUGCAAGAAAACGCCUUCCUCCAAGCCAACUCUAUCAAUAUAGAGAAGGAUAUAUAUACGGUUGAGAACAAUAUAGUCUCAUCUACACGAGUAAUGAGAGCAAGAGAUCUUGAAGAUCAAAAGUUCAAGAGUACAGAUGCUAAAGUUGAGAUUACAAUACCGUCAGAGGCGCUCAUUGAGAACAGUGAAAACGGAGCCAUUCGUCUUUUAUUCUUUUAUUACAACAACAUGGAUCAUAUUCUUCCAUCUUCUACCAAUGGGAUUAAGUUUUUAAACUCCCAAGUUGCCAGUGCUUCCCUGAGUAAAGGACACACCUCCAGUCUGAGUAAACCCCUGACAGUGCUCUUUAAGCAUACUGAAGUUGGUAGUAUGACGAACCCAACCUGUGUUUGGUGGGACUUUGUGAGUAAGACAUGGUCUAACCGUGGCUGCUGGAGCUUGGACUCCAACACGACCCACACUACAUGUCAGUGCACCCACCUGGCCAACCUGGCGGUCCUUAUGGAGGAAACUACCUUUGCCGCUCCACACUCAAAGGACAAAUCCACUUCGGCUAUGACAGUGAUAAUAGCGGCCGUGGUGUCAGUUGUUAUCUGUUUAGUGACCGUUACGGCUACUUUUAUUAUUUUCCGACGGUUCUCUAAGACCAUGUGUGGUGGAAGCUCCUGGCCUUGUUUUAAGACAAAGGAUGAAAGAACUGGAUACUAUCCUUACCUCUCAUCCUCAACCACAACCACUACCCUGACUCCACCCACUCCCGGAGACCAGGAUCAGUCCCAAUACUGUCUCCAGAACGAAUGCCAAGUUCUCCGACCUCUGAUGAUUACUCCACUCGGUCCCAACUCUACCAUCUACCGUGCUACCUUUGCUAACGGCCAGCAGGCGCACGUUAUCCCAAUAUCCAACCAAAACACGGUCGGAAAGAACUUCCGUCCGAUCACUCCGUCGGCCAGUCACAUCUACAUGGAGAUAGAUCCUGUCUACAACUCUGAAACCUUAUCAGACAUUCUAGUUUCUGAUCUUAGUGAUGAUGAUCUUCGAAGGACAUCAGAUGACGGUAGACAAGUUGUUAAUCUGCCAGUCAGUCAGUAUCCUGGAGUUCGCCAACAAUCAAAUCAUUUUAAUGAUGUGAAUUGCAUUUCCAACCCACCGAGCUAUGGCACGGAGCGUAGAGACUUCAAUGCCGGCGCGGAGCGAAUAGACUUUAACGCCGAGCAUCCGAUUAGUUCCAGUUAUACAGGGACUGGUCAGCAGCUGCUCAGACUGGACCUAGGACCAAAUACAUCCAACAUUCAUAAUUUAGGACAGUUUAACAAAUUUCAAGGAGCCCAGACCCACACCUGGCAGCAGCCUAGGCAUCAGGGUCAAACAUUUCAGUGAUAUUAACGCGGGAUAAACCGCCGUCAGCAAAUAGUUUUCAGGGGAAACUACAAAUCCUCCAAAUAGUUUUCAGGGGAAACUACAAAUCCUCCAAAUAAAUCAGAAAAUCAACAAAAUAUUUUCCAAGUUAAAUUUGCAACAAAAAACACUAAUAAUUUUCACAGAAAUGUCCAAACCCUUUUCCCUACUGAAAAUUUAAAAAAAAUGACAACCCUAGAAAAAAAUUUAAUUUGAUCUCUCUAUGCGCGCACAUGUUUCAUUCAGUAGAAUAAUGUUUUUGUAUUCUAACUAGUCAUAUAAAUAAUAUAUUAACAAAUAAAUUCUUAUCUUCAUA